AUGACACUUUCCGAAGCUACAAGCUGGAUCUUGUAUCUAGUCUUUGUUCAAUGCGUUAUCUCCUCGGACCAUGAUCACUGCAUGCAGUCAGCGUGCAUCUGUGAACGGACAAGAUUGAUCUGUAAUCCACAUCACAUGGGAGAAGAACAGCAGGAACUGCUUGAUGAGAUACCAACUCCUCUUCGUGAGCAGCAUUUUCCAGCGUUCGAAGAGGCAGAUUUCAGAUACAACAACAUUGGUGAUGUAAAGACGAAAUCAUUUCAUGGCCUUCACAAUCUGAACAUACUAUGGCUCUCUCACAACCAAGUAUCAAUGCUAGACGCUCAUGCAUUCAGUGGUGCUACGGCGUUACAGAUUAUAGACUUAUCUUACAACCGAUUGGAGAUAUUCGAGACAAGGGUGCUUGCUUCGGAACCUCAUUUGUUGAAUUUACAUACCAUUGAUCUCUCCCACAAUAGCAUAAAAUCGAUCGAGGCACAUUCGUUUAUCGCCACCCCUAAUCUGAAACAAUUGUAUCUUCACAAUAACCCACUCACUUCACUAAAUGGAGCACCAUUUGUUCAUUGUAGGUCGUUAAACACAUUAUUUAUAGAUGGAAUCAUAAAGGAUUGUGAAUGUGAUUGGUUGGAAACCAUGGAAACCUUAAAAGCACGGACCAUUGAUAUCAUGGACGAACACCAUGUAAUGACGCAUUGUAUCGAUGAGUGGAGGGCCCAUUGUGACGUAUCACAUAUCCAUCAAAUCACCUUGGAUGCCCUCCGUCAUCAUGCUCCUCAUACUGACGAAAUCACUUUCGAUGAUCUGCAAGCUCCCGUUGUCAAUGGCAACGGGACUUUGGUCUUUCCCGAUGGAUACGGCGAGCAAUACCCACUAAACUCUGUCGACGGUAAGAGGGCGCUAUACCAAUACGAUUGGAUUACGCGAGAAAGAAUCGGACAGAUCGAGGAUGACGAAAAACGGAAAUCUUUCCAAGAUGUUUUUAGGAAGAGGAUGACCGAUUUCAUACGGAAACAUUAUUUCCUGAACGGCAUCGUUAAUGGAACCAACCACAAUAUGACCUUGUCUGACCUAUCACCGCAUGACUGGGAGACCUCUCUUCAAAAGAAGCCCACCAACGGUUCGACGCCUGAUGCGUCGAAAACCAAGCAAAAACCAAAAGGGAAGGCGAAGAAGAAGGGCGUGCCAACCAAUUUUAUCUGGUUGAUAGUCGGAGGAUUGGGGGCUGGCUUAUUGGUCGUGCUUCUUGUGUCACUACAGCACAUUGACUGGAAAGACCAUUCAAUAAAAGAUCCCGAGAAGGAGAAGAGAAAGAAAGAAAAGAAGAAGGAGAGAUGCUGCGGAUGGUUUGGGACCAUGACAGGAAAGCUAAGUGUCCGUAAACAGUUUGUUAAGGGAACGACAGAGAAAAAGCAUGCCAAACAGAAGUUUGCAAGAUCGACCCAAAGUAACUUUGCUGUUUUGCAUGGACAAGCAAAGCAGAAAAUGGAUGAAAUAAACGGAGGGCAACAUCCACCUUCCCCAAACUUUGGCCGCUACACCACUCCAUCCAAUCACAUCGUGGCACCGCAACAAGCCCCGCCCAACCCAAAACGUUCAGCCAAUCUAGGCCCGCCACCGGCUCCCCCGGUACCGCCAACCACAGGUCUGCGGAGAAUGUCAGUGGACGAAGGUGUACGCAAAAUGGUGACGUCACAACGUGAUAAGGUGACAGGACAGAGGACGCCUUCUGAAGGGUCGACAUACUAUUUUGAUAAUUUCUACACAGAUAGCGAGGACGACAUUGAUGAGGAAACUGACCUGUUUCGCAGAUGACAUCACCAAACAUAAUAGUG